AUGCCUUUGGCCAAGACCACGGGAAAUAUGGCACCAUCUCAGCAGGCUUCCUCCUUUGCAGUGAAUGAUUUCCAGGGGGUGGCUGACAAAUUGAAAAAAGGGGAGACUAGCAAUGACAAACUUCAGGGGAGGGUGUCGGGCAACCCACCUAAGCAAAAAGGUGAGCCAAAAGAGAAAAAACCACCGGACGGGGCAAGCAGAGGUAGUAAAGCCAAGCAGAGCUCACCGGACAUGAACCAGGAACGUAAGAGUGGCGGGGCUGCUCAGGAAAGCCAAAAGGAGGACAUUUCCUCUUCCAGGAAAAUCAUCUUUGGCCUGGAGAAAGAGGGUGCAGAGAAGGAAAAAAGCUCAAACUCAAAACCUUUUGAAAAGGUGGAGAGCAAGAAAGAAACUGGAGCAACGGCUAUGGCCGUUGAUUCCAAAUGA